AUGGGUCUCCUUUCUAACCUCGUGCUCCUCACAGCGGCCGUGGCUGUCGCCGCCGAUCCCGCCACGCCCAAGAUCUCCAGCAUCAGCUUUUCAGGCAACGGUUGCCUCAACGACCCCAAAUUCUCGGGCAACUUCGACGUCCCAUGCCUCACCUUUUCAAACUUUGCUGCCGCCCUCCCGGGAAACAACAAAACGGUCAACUGCCAGGUCCACCUGCAAACACAGGGCGCGACCCCCGGGUGGCAGGUGGCACUCAAGAGCAACGUCGUCAAGGGCCACGUCGUUCUCUCUCCUGGAACCACUCUGACCCACUACACGACCGUCUUCUUCAGCCAGGACGCUUCGAACACGGUGAGUCCCGACCGAAGACAUGCAGUCAUUUCCGCUUUCUUCUCUCUCCCCCUCGGUUAUCAUCAUCAGCCCAUCGCAGCAGGCCACUCACCGACUUGGGGGUCGACCCCCUUCGCGGUGUCGAACCAGGACACCUUCUCGAACACGAUCGAAAACAAGGGCACCACCGCCAUCAACAAGCCCGUCACCCUCGUCGGCAACGCCGACGGCGGAAAGGUGUGGUCGCCGUGCACCGGCAGCGACGGGUCCACGGGCAUCAUGAACAUCAACUUCCGGGGCGCGUUGGCGGGCGAUGGGGAAGCCUAUUUCGAGGCGAACACCGAGGAAUGGGAUCUCGAGUGGAGGAAGUGCUGA